UAGACAACCUUUAAAUGGACAGGAAAGAUAUGUAUACCCACCGAGUGAUAGGGAACUGGAUCUCUACUGUAGAUAUAUAUCUUCAUAUUACCUUUUAAACUAUUGCAUCAAAAGUCACAUAAGUAUUCAAGAAACUUCAGUAGGUAGUUUAAUUGUUAAAAAUGUUUAAUUUUACACAUGUUUAAUACGUCUUUUGGAUAAUAUCUUAGAUUAAUUGUCUAUUAUACAUCGUUCACACUGUUUUUAAAUAAUUUAAAUUUAAACUAUGAUCUACAGCAUUUAUUUAAUUAAUAACUUGUGAUUGGUACGCAGAAUGAACCCGUUAUCACAAUUCCUGUCUCUGUUUAACACGAAGACCAUUCGGCCGAUGAUCCACCUACUUCAAAUGUUCUUCAAUUCAAUAGCGUUGGUGGAAAUGGAUGCUGGUGACUUCCCCCCACAAGCUGAAGUUAGAGAUGGCCAAACAUUUGACUUCAUAGUAGUGGGUGCUGGAUCAGCAGGGUGCGUGGUGGCGAACAGACUGACAGAGAUCACAGGAUGGAAUGUGCUGCUGAUAGAAGCUGGUGGGACGCCACCGAUAUCUGCUAAAUAUCCUGGAUUCUUCCCCUUCGUUGACCAUUCCGACGCUGACUGGAACUACUACACAGUCAAUGAUGGAUACUCUAGUCAAGCACUUAAGAUGAAAAGCUUACAUUUAACCAGAGGCAAAAUGCUUGGUGGCUCAAGCGGGGCCAAUUACAUGUUCUAUAUCAGAGGAAACAAGAGGGACUACGAUAGGUGGGCAGAACAAGGAAAUGAGGGGUGGGACUGGAACUCAGUCAUGCACUACUUCAAGAAGAGCGAACGACUCAAUGAUGUGGACAUUAUGAAUAGCGACUACAAGGACUAUCAUAAUUCCAAAGGCUACUUAGGAGUAACACGACCUCUUUGGAGGCAUAAAACAAAAAGAUAUAUCCAAACCUUUGCAGACAAUGGGCACAAUAUACUCCUAGACUGUAACUCAGGUGAUCAACUUGGUUAUGUGAUACCGACAUACACGGUCGACGACGCCGUGAGGCAACAUACAGCCACUGCUUUCCUUGAACCAAUUAAGGACCGCCAAAAUUUAUUCGUUCUUAGAAAUACUUUAGCACAUAAAGUUUUAUUUAAUAAGUCUCGGAAAGCAGUUGGUGUUGAGAUCAAACUGCCUAAUAAUAAUGUUAUCAACGUCUUUGCCCGCCGAGAAGUUAUUUUAUCGGCAGGUGCCAUUAAUAGCCCUCAGUUACUGAUGUUGUCUGGUAUAGGUCCAAGAAAGCACUUGGAAGAGAUGGGUAUCGAUGUAUUUUUAGACUCUCCGCGUGUCGGUGGCAAUUUACGUGACCAUCAAAUGGUCACUGUUCCGAUAGCCGUUGAGAAGGAUCCUACAUCAGUUAUAGAAAAUGUAGGUAUAAUUACAAAUUUAGAUAAGUUCCCAUUCCCCAGUAUAAUUGGACAUGUAGCUCUCAACAAAACACAGACGUACCCUGACUAUCAAGCGACCGUAAUUCCUAUCGCUGCCCAAUCUCCCGUAACAUCUAUAAUGUGUGGUCAUGUUUUUCGCUUAGAAGAUGGAAUUUGCUUCUCGCUGUACGAGGCGAAUAGAAAGAGAAGACUUUUGUUUCCCGUAUUAUCAUUAUUACACCCUGCUUCAAAAGGUAGAAUAAGAUUAAGAAGUAGCAAGCCUGACGUAAGCCCUCUUAUUUAUGCCGGAUAUUAUUCUAAUAAGACAGAUAUUGAAAACCAUGCGCGUUACGUUGAGGACUUUAUCAGUGUCGUAAACACGCCGUAUUUUAAAAGUAUUAAUGCAGAAGUUGUGAAUUUGAAUGUGCCGCAAUGUAAGACGUUGCGAUUUGGCAGUCAUGAGUAUUGGAAGUGUUUCGUUCUCAAUAUGGCGACGACACAGUGGCACCCUUCAGGGACGUGCGCUAUGGGUCCCAAAGGUAAAGGUGUGGUGGAUGAACGACUACGGGUUUGGGGAGUACCAGGAUUAAGGGUAGUUGAUGCCAGUAUUAUGCCUACGUCACUUAGUGGUAAUUUAAAUGCGCCAACAAUAAUGAUUGGUGAAAAAGCGUCUGAUAUGAUUAAAGCUGAUAAUGGAAUAAAUGUAUUUAUUUAGUUGCUUUGCGUUUUAUUUCUUAUUAUACUAUACGCCUAAACACACGUUGUUUUAAAAGAAAAUGGUGAAAAGUUACCUUCAGUAAGACACUGAAGACAUCUGAAAAUUAUUGUUACUGGCAAUACUAAACAUAUUUUUUACCUAUAUUCACCAAAAAAUAU